UUUCCCACAAUGCCGUAGCGGCGGAGCCCGGAGCGGCGCAGGACGGCGCCGCGCUUCGCAUUACGCUGACGGGCAGCGGGUGAGCCGCGCGCGCGUCGCUCCAUCUCGGUUCUGCGCUGCUCUGCUGUCGCUGUUGCUGUCACUGCCACACUGCGCAGCGUGGGCGGGCUCCCGGCCCCCGGCCAGCAGCCAUGUCGGGCUUCAAUCUGCUGCACCUGGUGACUAAGAGCCAGCCUGUGGCGCUGCGGGCCUGCGGCCUCCCCUCAGGAUCAUGCCGGCGUAAGAAGACCUGGCCAGUGUCGUUCCCCCAGGAGGAGCUAAGGCAACGCCUUACACCCAUCCAGUACCAUGUGACCCAGGAGAAGGGCACUGAAAGUGCCUUCAGAGGGGAGUUUAGUGACCACAAGGAGGAAGGCAUCUACACGUGUGUGGUCUGCGACACCCCCCUCUUCGAGUCUGAUAAGAAGUUUGACUCUGGAUCAGGAUGGCCCGCCUUCUACGACCUGAUCAAAGAGGACACCGUUACGCAGACAGACGACUUCUCCUAUGGCAUGCACAGAGUGGAGGCCACCUGCAGCCAGUGCGGAGCCCAUCUGGGUCACAUCUUCGACGAUGGCCCUCGACCCACAGGGAAGCGCUACUGCAUCAAUUCAGCCUCCAUGGCUUUCAAGAGCAAGGAGCAGACCGUACCCAGCCCCUCCCAGGGAGCUGAGGCGGGGGCUGCCACCACGGAGGCUUCCAAGGUAGCUGUCAAGGGGGCUGCCAAGGGGGCUGCCAAGGGGGCUGCCAAGGGGGCUGCCAAGGGGCCCACCAAGGGGGAUGCCAAGGGGGCUGCCAAGGGGCCCACCAAGGGGGAUGCCUUGGAGGCUGCCACCACGGAGGCUUCCAAGGUAGCUGUCAAGGGGGCUGCCAAGGGGCCCACCAAGGGGGCUGCCAAGGAGGCUGCCACCACGGAGGCUUCCAAGGUAGCUGUCAAGGGGCCCGCCAAGGGGGCUGCCAAGGAGGCUGCCACCACGGAGGCUUCCAAGGUAGCUGCCAAGGGGCCCGCCAAGGGGGCUGCCAAGGAGGCUGCCACCACGGAGGCUUCCAAGGUCGCCACCAAGGGGGCUGCCAACGGGGCCCCAGGGAGCCGCUUCAGGGCCCCAACGGCCCCCAGCAAGACUGAGCCCUGAGACCCCCCCUCCCAAGACUCUGUAGUCUGGGUACUCCAGCCUGAUUACCCCUGACCACAGGGCUACAGGUAACUGACCCACUGGGCCAAAUAUUCCAGACCAUGGAGCCCUACAGGUACUGUGAACAACCCCAUAUGAAGCCCAGAUAUCCACCAGAAGAAAACUACAAGAGCAACAAGCACCAUUUAUGUUAAUGGCUCCGCCCAGAUUACCCAGAAUCCCCCUCUCUGCACGCAGCAAUGCCCCCCCCUCCUAUUUGAGGGAAAAACAGUCUGGACGGACAGAGGUGGGGGCAUUGGAGGAGGACUGCCCCUUGCGCUUCUUUAUGACCGUCAGACACUUGAUUUUAAAGGUUUUACAGAGGUUUUUAUAAUAGAUUCUUAGUUAUGCUUACAUUUUUUUCUGGCCUUAGCAAUGUACCACCAAGCUUUAAGUUGAAGAAUAAACACAUGCAUACUUUGCUAGAAUAAAGUAUUACUUUGAAGUGACAUUUGAUACAGGGAGUCGAACAGUUUGAGGAACACUAUGCAAGAGCUUUAAGGAGAGAAUGGGGCGGGAACAGAGCCUCUUUCAAAGAGACCGAGAUGUGUGACAGAUGUUUAGUCUGAACAUGGAGGGAGCCGAAUAUCUGAGGCUGAUUUCUUGCCUCCUGCCCUGGUGCCUUUUUGCCCUGUAUGAACAUUUUCUGUGUUUUCCUUCACUAGCAGUGUGAGAAGAGUAGUGAGACUCAAUAAAUCUUGACACACUUGAUGUUCUUUUCA